CUUUUCUCAAGCACCCUCAGUUGUUCUAUAUCGCACACUCUUACACAUCAUCCCAAUACUCUUUGACUAUCUUACCUUACAAAGAUAUUCUUUCUCUCUUUCUUUAUCUACCAUGUCUGACAUCCGUCCUGAAGAAAUCAAGGAAGCUUUCGCUCUGUUCGACCCUCAAAACACUGGCAAGAUUGAGCCUAGUGUCUUCUGGGACUUUGUGAAUACACUAGGAGAUGAAGCACUAAAGGCAACUAUCCGAAUCCCUACACACAGCCUUGAAAUCAAAGAGUUUACAGAUCUCAUGAAUCGCUACAACCAGGAUAAGGACAAAGAUCCUGAGGAACCCUAUCGUCGUGCAUUCUAUUCGAUUAACAAGGAUGGUUCAGGAUAUGUCUCUACUCAGGAGCUCAAAACUGCUUUAGACUCCUUUUUGGGACCAAAUGUACUUUCUGAGGCUGAUGUAGACGAGAUCAUCACAGAAGGCGAUGUCUCUGGUGACGGCCGCAUCACCCUUGAGGAGUUUCUGAAGGUCAUGCAUAAGAGUGAAAAGAAGCACCGAGGUGAACAUGUCUUGUAAUAACAAUAAUUAACAACCAACAACAACCAUGCAUGACAC